CAAAACAAAUCUUAAACUGUUUUCUUUUAAUCAAACUUUUAACAAAACAAUAAUCAGUUAAUUCAUAGUAACCAAUUAAAGUAAACAAACCAUUUAUAUAUCAUCAACUCAACAAUAAGAAUUUUUUAUUACAAUAAAGCAAACAAAUUAAUAACUUGCAAUCGCUAUAUACUACUACAACAUAUUGAUGCAAGAAUUUAUUUAUAAAGUUAAAAAAAAAUUACUUAUACGCAUUCAGUUUAAUAUUGCUUUACCGCAGCCUUUGAUAACUAAUUGAUUAUAAGCUAAAUUUGUCGACUAGUUCAUAAUACUUUAAAACAACCUCACACACUUCUCACUAAAUCUUUGUUUAUGCGUCUCCGUAAUCAUUGUUUACUGCUUCACUUAUUAGUGUUUUGCAUUAAUUUUGGAUUUAUUUGUCUUUUAGUCUGUAAGUGACCUGUCAAAAGAGAGAAUCUUUCCCUACCCAACUCACCUCUUAUUAUUUAUAGGUAUUGCCCAUGACCUGAUUCAAAGCUCUCUUCUUUAUAUUUUCUGGCUAACACAUCAACCUCUCUCGCUUUGCUUUAUAUUAGCAUUAUAGCUAUAUGCAUUACAUUUGAUAAAUGUCAUUAUAGAGCUUGUUUUUUAGUAAAAGAAAAAAUCGAUGGGGAGGAGACCUUGCUGUGAGAAAAUUGGAUUGAAGAGAGGUCCAUGGACUAUAGAAGAAGAUCAUAGACUCAUGAACUUCAUUCUUAACAAUGGCAUCCACUGCUGGAGAAUUGUCCCCAAACUCGCAGGUUUGUUGAGAUGUGGUAAGAGCUGUAGACUGAGAUGGAUUAAUUAUCUGAGACCGGAUCUCAAGAGAGGUGGGUUUACUGAUGCUGAAGAAGAACGUAUUAUGGAACUUCACUCUCAACUUGGCAACCGGUGGUCUAAAAUUGCCUCUCAUUUCCCUGGUCGAACGGAUAACGAGAUAAAAAACCAUUGGAAUACGAAGAUCAAGAAGAAGAUGAAACAUCUUGGUUUAGAUCCGGCUACACACGAACCAAUGAAUAAUAUUACCGACCAAACCGAAUCUAACCAGAUAACAAAACCAAACAUGUGUUCUACCAUCAAGGAAGGAGAAGAAACCAAAGAACAGACUCUCAAAGAUGAAGUAGACAUCGGAUCUCUAUUCGAAAUGCAAGGCAACGAGAUAUCUAUCUCGUCUUCUUCUUUAUAUAGUAAUAUUUCAAGAAGCGAAUCUUCAUCAAAUUUUGCAGAAGAUUCGAUCUCUUUAGAGCAAUGGGACUUGACCUAUAUGACGGAUCCUUUGGUACCAUGGGACUUCUUCACCAAUCUUGAUGAUAAUAUUUUCCUUUAAUGACAGAAUGUGAUAUAACAUUGUAAUAUAUCUGAAUAUAUCUAUAAAUAUAUAAAUAAUCUUAAGUAAUUUGUAGCUUAGUUUCAUGUAUGUACGUAAGAUGUGGAUUAUGCAUGGCGGC